UUGCACAUUUGGUAGCCAUUUUCCCACGCCAUAGCCGCUAAUGAGCUAUCAGUAGCGAUGUUGAUUAUUUAUUUUUUGACUUAGUUGAGAUAUAGCCUAUAAAUUAAGUAUGGAAGCAGUACGUGCUUUUAACAAUGAGCUUUCCUCAUUGUAUGAGAGUAAACCUCCUGUAUCAAGGGCCAAAAUGGCGCAGGUUACAAAAUGUGCUAUAAAAGCUAUUAAAUUUUAUAAGCAUGUUGUGCAAAGUGUGGAGAAAUUCAUCCAAAAGUGUAAACCAGAGUACAAAGUCCCUGGCCUCUAUGUUAUUGAUUCCAUUGUUCGUCAAUCUAGACAUCAGUUUGGUCCAGAGAAGGAUGUUUUUUCACCUCGAUUUACAAAAAACAUUGUCAAUACAUUUGUUCAUCUUUUUAAAUGUCCUGUUGAAGAACGGAGUCGUGUUGUUCGUGUAUUAAAUCUUUGGCAAAAAAACACAGUAUUUCCCAUGGAAGUUAUACAGCCUCUUUUAGAUUUGGCAGCUGACCCAAACAAUUCUGAACUAGUUACUGCAGCUCAAAGAUCAGUUGAUGCGGUUGUCAGUGUCACUCAGAAAGUGCCCCUGCCUGGAGCUCACUCUGGUAGUAAUGGUGGGGAUGCUGGCUCUAACCAACUUCUUCAGCAGACAGAAAUGCUGAGUACAAUAACAAAACUUUUACAGCAAGCACAGGAGGGUUCUAUAACAGGCACUGCUCCUGAGUCUGAGCUACAGCAACUUCAGCAUUUGCAGCAACAGCUGGUGAUGCAGACUGAAAGAAUUUCUAAACCACAAGAAUCAACUCCCCCAAUAGACAGUAAUCUACUUGCCCAGAUUCAAAUGUUGACUAACCAGCUGUUACAUAAAACUGGGUCUGAUUCAGGGGACACUGGGAAGCUACACAAGGCAGCUGAGCCAUUGUUCAAUAAGAAACUUUUAGAUUUUGAUUAUGGAGACAGUGAGGAAGAUGAUGAUGGUCAAGAUCAUCAUCACCACCACCAUCACCAACAACCACAGCAAAGAUUAUUGCUACAACCAGGGCCUGGAUUACUGCAAAACUCAGAUCUCCUGCAGCAGAUCCAGCAAAUGUCGCAGCAACAAGAGCAACUUGAGUCUGAGAUUGGUGCUCAAGAGCAACUGCGUAGACGGUUGCUGGAGCAGCAGCAACAACAGUUUGAUAGGGAGAUUGAGCAAGCUGCUAUAAUGGCAAAUCAAGAUAAUUACUCUAACCAAGAUAUGGAUAGCCGACAAGGGGAUGGGCAAGAGCAAGAUUUCUCUGGUAGAAGACGGCACAGAGAUUCCAAAGAGAGAUCUAGAUCACCACGUAGGAGGCCUAGGCGUUCGCGGUCACGUUCCAGAGAAAAGAGAAGGCGAUCUCGUUCUAGGGAUAGACAUAGACGGUCGAGAUCAAGGGAUAGAGAAAGAAGAGAUCGUGAAAAAGAAAGGGAAAGAAGAAAAAGAGGACUGCCACCAUUACGAGAACGCUACGUUAGCAUAUGCAGCAUGACUUUAUGGUUUGGACAUUUGACUAAACACACUACAGAGGAGGAGCUCAGAGAACACAUUGAAAAAUAUGGGACCAUCAAAACAAUAAAUAUGAUUCCUCCAAGAGGCUGUGCAUUUGUGUGUUUGACAAAGAGAAAAGAUGCUUUUAAAGCAUUGGAUAGACUUAAAGGAGUCAAAGUCAAUGGGAAUGCCUUAAAGGUUGCCUGGGCUCCGGGUAUUGGUGUUAAAGAAUCUAUGUUCAAAGAUUUGUGGGAUGUUGAUUUAGGAGUUACAUAUAUCCCUUGGGAACAGUUACCUUCAGAUUUGGUACCUUUUGUGGCUGGUGGCAUGGUUGAUAUCGAUUCCUUGCCAGAAAAGUUAAAAGGCAUGAAAACAGGAGAAGAGGAUGAGGGAGAGGAAGUCCAGCACCACCAUCACCAACAACAGAACCAGACAAUGGAUGGAGGGAUGAUAAUGCAGCCUCCUCCUCAGUUGCCACUAAAUUUAGGACAACCACCUAACUUUCCUAUGCCAGGUCAAGGUCCAAUGGGCAUGAUGGGAUUAGGGCCACUUGGCAUGCUGAAUGCACCACCACCACCAAUGAACAUAAGGCCUGGAAAUAUGAACAAUAUUGGUGGAAUACCUGGACUGGGUGGUCCAAGGCCAGGACUAGCAGGGAUACGGCCAAUGAAUAUGGGACCACAGGGUCCCAUGGGAAAUGAGAUGCUAGGAGGUCAAGCACCAAGUCCGAGAAUGGAUCUACGGUCUUCACAAAUGGGAAUGAAUUCUCCUCGUGGACCUUACCCUCCUUUUGGGAAUAUGCAAAGAUGGCAAAGUCCUGGUGGCAUGAGACCUCCAUUUUUCAAUCAUGAUCAGAUGGGAGAUGGAGACAUGCGUGGCAUGGCAGAACCCAAGGAGUGGCCACCAGAUGAUGAAGUCAAUGCAGAGGAUGAGCCAGAUGAAGACAUGGAUUCAGAUGAAAGAAUUAUUCCACCGGGAGGUCGGAUGAACAGACCUGGAAUGCAUAAUCUCCAGGGUCUGGGUCAACCAUUUGGACCCCACAACCAAAUGUUGCCACCAAACCAAAUGCUGGGUAUUUCAAGAGCCCAAAGUCCAAACAGUGGCAUGCCCUCGUUGCUUUCUUUACAUAUGAUGCCUCCUGGCCAACAGCAGCAGGUUCUUGCUGUUCAAGGAGGUCCAGGAGGGUUUGCCCUGGCGCCUGGUGGGGUUAGGUUAGCUGUUGGGGUCAGGCCUGGUUUGGUACCUACUUCCUCUCACAUGCUGCCCCCCUCUGCUGGGGGUAUGCCCAGACCAAACUCCAGCCCAAAUUCAGACAUGCCCAACUCCCCACAAGAUGAUAUGAUGGGCUCCCAUUCUGCUGGACCCGUUCCACUCAUGCAAAUUCAGGGUGGCAAUCGCCAGCCCAGUGGUCCUAUCUUAGGACGAGGAUUUGCACCAAUGACCAUUAGACCCCGAGGAGGUCCGGGUCUCUUAGGGUUGCGGCCUGGGGCACAGGGCAUUGGUGGCUUUGCAAGGUUUGGUGGGCCUCGUCCAUUAAUGGGACCAAGCUUCCAUGGAAUGGAGAGACCACCAUUUGGCAACAGGUUUGGUGGACCUUUGCGUCCUCCUAUUGGAUUCUUAGAUCAGGAUGAGAGAGAGGAUAAAGAUGAACGCAGACCACCACCUAGAAUUGAUGAGCAAGUGGUACCAGGGGAUGUUGAUGAGCGCCACACACAAGACUUGGAUGAAAGGCAGGAUAUAGAUGAUAGGCCCAAGCCCACUCGUGCAUCUGGUCGUCCCAGCCGAUGGUCCCAUGCAGCUGGAGAAACAUCAGGUUCCGAAACCAACUCCCAGCCUAGUGGUGAUGUAGAAGAAGAGGCUAAAGAUGCCAGUGACAAUUCAAUUCCUGAAGAGAAAGCAAUUCCUGUCGAGAUAGCAGACAACUGUGAUGCUAGUGAUCCACCCACUUCAGAUAACUUGGAUGUGCCCCAGGUCCCCAUUGCCGAUAACCCAGACACACCUGUAGGCAUGCCCCAAAUCUCUCCGACAGAAACUUCAGAUAUCCCCAAUCAGACUACAGAAUCUCUGGAGGAUACUCCUGUUAUAACCAGUGUCGGUGUAGACCCUCCUUUGUAAUGAUGAAAGCUUGUUUUAGUUUUGGGAGUACUUAAGAGUUCUGCUGCCUAUGUGAUCAGCUCACGUGUUAGAUUUUAACCAGUUUAUUGUUUGAAUGGGGAAGUCAAUAAGUUGGGUGGUGUUGCUUUAUUCAGAUCCUUUCACUUGAUUUAAUUGUGUCUACAGUGGUCCUGUAAAAAUGAAAUUCUUCUUAAUUGCUUCCUUUACUUUCAUUAUUUAAAAAAAAUAAGUGGUUUGAAAUAACGGUAAGUUUGUCAUGACAAUUGUCAUGUUAAACAAGAUCUCUACCAUCGCCUGCUUAUACUACAAACAAUGCAGCUAAGGAAAAUGACAACUUGUUUUCAACGGGGCGGCAACAAAUCCGGAGGGUUAGUGUUACCCUAGGUUUGUAUCAGCGUAUGCCUAAUGUGCGUACUGCUGUUGUCGGUGUAGGAGGGGGGAAAGAGGAAGGUUGUACUUUGCUUUUUGUAAUUUUAUUUUCUUUCAUUGUAUCUAAAAACCAGUAAAUAUUUUUAUGAGAUGUUCUUGAAAUUGCUAGCAUUUUUUUAAAUAGGUAAAGUAACAGUCGGUACCUUAUAUUUGGUUCAUUUUGAGGUACUGUUACAGUUUGUGAAAUAAAAUUUUAACAAAGUU